AUGUUAGCGCGGCGAGCGCAAUUGUUUCGCACUCGAACCUCCACAGAGCCCGCUACUUUGGUCACACCAGAGUUUCUCAGUGUCCGAAGUUUUCCUCCAUUGACAUGGGUUGUCGAGGACUUUGUUCAGGAGAUGCCUGAGUCAGUUGCCCAUGCUAUGGAUCCAGCAACAGCUUGGCUCAGGUCUUAUUUGUCGCACGUGAACGACUCUGCAGGCGAGGAAAUCCACAUUUUGUCCAGGCUCUACAGCGAUGUGAAGGUGAAAACAUUGUUUUUGCCCGCAACAUCAAAAUCUGAUCUGCAAGAUUUGUCAAAACUCGAGUGGACGAAGCUUACACCUGAAUUUAAGAAGGAACUGGGUGAUUUGAAGCAGCACAUUCUCGGAAGCCUCCAUGCCAGAUCUUUUGAAGGCGAGCCAAUGACUGGCCGGACGCUUGAACGCUCCCUACGAUUCAUCGUUCAGGGUCUGCAACGAGGAAUGUUCCACGAGUUGCCAUCCAUUUGGAUGACGUGGACGCAGCAGGUGGCAGAAAUGUCCUUGCAGGAUGCAGAUACUUGGUUUUCCUCUUUUCUGGCUGCGAUUGAUCAUGACGAGGACCCCUUGCCUUUGAGAGAUUUCAACAAUAAGGUUGAAGAUGCGAGAACGAAAUCAGUUCAGUUCUACAUGGAGUUGCUGCGGGAUUUCGACGUCAGUCCAGAUAUACCAGAGCUCCGCAAAAGAAUGGCCGUGCAUUUCCAGCACAAGCUCAUCCUGUAUCACGAGCGGGUGCAACGAUGGAUGGGCGAACUCAUUGCUCGAGAAAAAGACGCGUUUGCGAAGCUCCUAUCGCAGAGAGAGCUACCAUUUGACCCGGACUUGUUCCGGAAGAAGGGCGAGGACGCAAUUCGGCAGCUUGUUGGUGAUUUCAACGGGAAACUGCAGGUGUUUGCAUCUCGUGGAAAGCAUCCUGUGCAUGGCAAGCCAGCGCAGAUGCCUGUCUUCACUCAGGACCCAUCAAGCCAAUUGAGCACUGACCUACAUACCUUGCUGAGUGCCAGAGAAUUGGAAAACGAAAGAGAAAUCGCGCAGUACUUCAAAGCAGCUGUGGCAGCAGCAGAAGAGGCCGUUGACCGCGAGUUGAAGGUGCUCGGAAACAAGCUUCUAGGAAAGGCGCAGAUCAAGGAACUCCACUCCAUCGUCCAGUCGCGGUGCUGGCAAGCGUUUGAAGAUAAAUUGGCUGGCCACAAAUGGAUGAAGCUGCUCCACCACCACAAGACGCACAAAUCUCUAGUACAGACAGAGAUGUAUGAGAACAAGAUGGCAAGGUUCAACUCCGCAAAUGACCAACGUUUGAGUGCGCAUUUUCGAACGGCGCUGGAAAGAUGCCGAAGUUCUUACAAGACUCGGAAAAAUAACAUGGCCACGCCUGUCUCCGAGGAUGACCUGAAAGCAGAGCACAGGCAACUUGCUGCCAGCGUUCGAGAACAGCUAGAUGAGGAUGGCCGGGAUCUUCAGGACACCGAUGCCUACAGAGGUGUUCUGAGAAGUUUAGAUACUGCCCUGGACGAAGGACUCACCCAAAUCCGCCAGAAAAAUGUGGAGCUAUGGAAGGUGCACUCCGAUGAAGCGACGCGAUGUGCAUUGAAAGAAAACGAUGCAGUCCAAAAGAACUGUCGCUAUAUUUGUUUGUUUACUUGGGUGCCCAUGGUGCACAAAGCCAAGUCGCGGAAACACCUUCUACAAUGUUUGUCGCGUUCAGGCACAGGCACGCGAAUGUCGCAGAGCAUGCAAAACCAGGUUUUUGAGGAUUGGUACAACAAGGAAUUGGCCCAUGACGCCGCGAACGUGUGGACCAACUUCUGCCUUUUCUUGGUAACGCCCAUCAUAGGGUUUCUGGGGCUUUGUUUAGUCACGGGCUGCGGUCGGAGGCCACCUCCACCAGUGCCACAGAUGCCGCAACAAUACGGUUUUACGAAUUCUUGUCAGCGACCGCCCUGGGGUUAA